GGAUCAGACCGGAGCAAAGCCGGAGGAGAAGAAGGCAGCGACCGAGCGACCAUGUCCAUGGCGGUGCCGAGCUCGCUCCGCGCCCUGGCUGCCCCAGCCCUCCGCCCCCACCCUCUCAUGAGGAGCGGGGCCGCGCGCCCGUCGCCGCCGCACGGAGCCGCGCGGGGGAUGAUGUUGAUGGCCCGGCGGAGGGGCGUGGCGGCUGCGGCGGCGGCGGUGGCGGCGGACGCGGAGUGGCUGGAGCGGCUGCCGGAGAAGAAGAAGCCGCUGUACGCGCACAGCCUGCCGUGCAUCGAGGCGUGGCUGCGCAGCGUCGGGUUCGCGCAGUCCCGCGAGGACCGCGCCGUCUGGGUCGCCGAGACGCCGCUCUGGCACGCCCGCCUCAGCCUCGACGUCACCGACCUCCACAUCAGAUACCUGAAGAGCGGCCCCGGGAACCUGGAGAAGGACAUGGAGAGGAGGUUCAGCUACGCCCUGAGCAGAGAAGACAUCGAGAACGCCAUCCUCGGCGGACCUUGAUAAUCAAUCCCCAUCCAUCACCCAGCUCGAUCAAAACUAGGACCCUCUGUCCAAGCACGACCACUCCAUGCAAAAUCCAUUGUUCAAGUCUAAUGUAAUGUCGGAAUUCAGUCAUGUGACACUAAUUUCAACGUGGUUAAUCAACACAAGCGAGAUGUCAGCAUUCAGUGCCAGUGUCGCCUCUGUUUUCAAGCAGACUUGUACAGACAUUUUCUCUUCUAAGAAAACAUUUUGUCUGGA